UUUUAAUAUAUACGUUUUGAUAUUUUUAAUUCCCCUCUUUUUUAAUAGCAGCCUUUUAGGCAGUGCUGACAUCGACUCUUUCCGGGGACGUUAUCCAUUAUUGCAAUUGCACGCGAGCAGCGGAUCGGCGAAGGGGUCCCGGCGAUAAGCUGUGUGCGCUUUAAGGGAACCGGUCGUUCUGGACACCCGGCUGCUCCUCAGCCCCCCGAUCUCCUCCGCCCGGCAUGGACGCCCCCCUGGCACUCCUCAUCUGCCUGCUCGCAGUCCCGGCCGUCGCCAAUGAUGGCAAACCUCGGAGCUGUUCCAGUGUCCGGCAGUUUUAUAUCGACAAGGGCUUCAGCCAGAGCUGGGUACCGCGCAUCAAGAUCUCGGGCGAGCACCUGCGGAUCUGCCCCCAGGGCUACACCUGCUGCGUCAGUGAGAUGGAAGAGAGUCUGUGGAACAUGAGCCAGCGUGAAUUCAAGGGCCAGGUGCGCGACUUGGGCCACGCCCUGCAGGCCUCGCUCAGCACCCUCUACGGGAACUUUGAUGGGUACUUUGCAGAGCUGCUGAACCGCUCUGAAGGCCUCCUGCAGGACUGGCUGGGCAGCACUCCCGGUGAGCUGUACGCAGAGGGUGCGGCCGUCUCCCGCGAGCUCUAUACCGACCUGCGUCGCUACCACCGCGGCUCUGGCGUCAACCUGGAGGAGGCGCUCAACGACUUCUGGCCACGCCUACUGGAGCGCCUGUUCCGGGUGUGGGGCCUGCAGGAGCCCACCACCGGUGAUUUCCUGGAGUGUUUGGCCAAACAGAUGGAGGCGCUACGGCCGUUUGGGGAUGCCCCUCGUGACCUGCGGCUCCGGGUGAAGCGCGUCUUCGUGGCCGUGCGCUCCUUCGUCCAGGGCCUCUCCGUCAGCCAUGACGUGGUCCACAAAGUCUCACAGGUGCCGCUGAGCUCAGAGUGCACCCGUGCCAUCAUGAAGAUGACAUACUGCCCCCAGUGCCACGGCAUCGCCUCCAUCAAGCCUUGUGCCAACUACUGCCGCAAUGUCAUGAAGGGCUGCUUGGCCAACCAGGCUGACCUGCAACCCGAGUGGAGCAACCUAAUCUUUGCCUUGCUGCAGAUGGCCACCCGCUUCAUCUCUGGGGACUCCAGGCUCGAUGUGUCCAUCUUCUCCAUCCCCCAGCAUAUCUCUGACGGCAUCAUGAACAUGCAGGAGAACCGGGACAUCUUCACCAGCAAGGUGUCGCAGGCUUGUGGGAGUCCCCAGGUCCGCAGCACCCACAGCACCCGGCCAGAGGAGGCCAAGAAGCCGGGGACCACACUAGACAGCAAGGUUCCCAACAUCCUGGCAGCCAGGCUGGAAGGGCAGAUGUCACAGGUGAACAGCAAGCUGACAGAGAAGCAGUCCUACUGGGUCCAGCUGCCAGAGGUGCUGUGCGGGGACAAGGAGGAGCCCAGCAUCUCCAAAGACAAGUGCUGGAACGGCAUGACCAAGGGCAGGUACCUCCCUGAAGAGAUGGGCGACGGCCUAGCCAACCAGAUAAACAACCCCGAGGUGGAGAUGGACAUCACCAAGCCAGACAUGAAUGUGCGUCAGCAGAUCAUGCAGUUGAAGAUCAUGACCAGCCGACUGAAGAAUGCCUUCGACGGCAACGAUGUGGACUUUCAGGACGCCAGUGAUGACAUCAGUGGCUCAGGCAGUGGUGCGUGCAUUGAAGAGCACUGCCCCCGUGGGGACCCCUGCAUUUUGGCCCCCAGGACGGACCGGCCUGGACCUUAUGCCUACACUCCUGAGAAGAAAGCCCCUGCCAAGGACACGGGCAGCCAGGGCCCGCCCAGCACGCCCCCCCUUCUGCUCUCAUUGGCUGUUCUACUGCUGUGGCGGUAACUGACAACUGAUCUCACCAACCAGAACUGACAUUUGGGUAACGGGGUGGGGGGCUGGGUACACAAGGGAAGGGGUCGUAACAAACAUGAUGCACGUCACAUCGGUUUUUUUAAGGGAUGGAAAAGUGGUCUUUGGAAUCUUUCAUUUUUAGCAUUUUUUAUUGCCCCCAGACUUGAUGUAUAGUUUAGUGUGCUGUCAGCGUUAGCUUGCUAGCACUCAGCCCCCCCCCCCCCACCACACGGCCAGGUCUGACUUCCUCCCCCCAUUGGAGAGGGUUUGGGGUUAAUUUAUUAUUGGUGGUGGGGGAGGGGGGGUUAAAAAUAGUCAAAAACCAACGCUGGGGAGUUUACAGGAAGAUGCCAGGUCUCAAGUGUCCAGUGACCGCAACCACAUCAUGGUGCAGAGAGAUGUGAUUACUAUGGAAAAGAGGCUGCGGCUUGUGGGGGUGGGCGGUCUGGGGGCUGCUGGGACUGCCCCGUGGCUGUCAGAGGUCGGGAGAGGUGAGCAGAAACACAUGGCGGGGCCCCUCCUGUGGCUCUGGGAUACUGCCAAAUUGCCCUGAGAGGAGAACAUGAGGCGAGAGAAGCAAAAGUCUCACCUCUACUCUGCCUGGCUUGUAAAGAGAGGGAUGUGAUUCCCUCCUUAAAGGACGAAUGGAGGAGCCACUGACUGGGAGAACGGAUGAGAGCGACAGGAGCACUGUGCUGCUUGGCCUGGAAAAACUGCAUGGGAGAGCGGGGGGGGCGAGGUGGCUUUUCAGUGAGCAGCACGGCAGUGUGUAGAAAGGAGAGCAGAGCAUUGAGCACGUGAGCUGAUGCAGGGCUGCGGAUUUGCUCUGCUGGGAUUACGGAGCACUUUCUGUCCUGUGAUUUCCCACGAUGGCGAUGAUCCAAUGGAUGAGGGAGGGAGGGAGAAAAAGAGGACAAACUGUGACAUUAACAAAUCGUUCAUUUCCACCUGAAGAAGCGUUAAUCGGUUAACAGUCUCGGCUCCCCAUCCCCUGCCCUCCCACGCCUCCUCGAACCCAGUCUCCCUGACGCCAGGCCCUCGGCUACAGCACUGGAAUCCGGCUCCUCUGGGUGAGAAGGACGAUGCUUUUUCACAGAGUUUGCCAGGAGACAAGCCUUCCAAACCGAUUAGCAUUCAUGGAAUAAGCCUGUGUUUUACGUUCUCCUCUUGCACUUUUUCAUCACCUUUGAUUGGAACAAAAAGCUGCCAAUAAUACUGAGCACAGCCCACUGCUCAUGGACUUAAAGCUCUUUUUGUCUGUCUGCCCAGGGCACAUGUUUGCAGAGCAGUGAAUGGGCACUCUAUGUGCAGAGAGGGGAAGGGGACUCACUCUUAUUAGUAUGCUGAGGGACAGGUACUCAUCACUACGGGGAUGGAUCAUGGGCCCUAAACACGCAAUAGACAUGGCAAAUAUAUCUGCUGUCUGUAAAAUGCAACCAAAGCCAAAGUGUUUUUUUGGGGAACUUCGUGCUUGCGGAUGAAAAAUGAUGAUUGAAAUGUGCUGUUAUUGUCGUUUGGUCUUGGAUUCUUGUGUCAAUUACCUAUGGAGUCAUAGGAGUACCAAUACAAAAGAAUAAAUCUGUAAAAGAAUAAGGACAUAAAUGUUGAAAUAAAUACAAAUAAAAGAAAUUUUAAAUAAAAGGAAUAAUUAAAAUACUUUUCUUUAUUGCUUUUGAUUUUAGCAUAUUGCUUCAUAAUGCCCUAUUGCUCGUCGUUUAACCGUACUGAUUUUACUUUUACCAUAUUGCUUUUACUAAAGGGACAAGCUGUUAACUUGCUUUGGGCACGCCUUCCUGCCCAGGCUGAGUAGUCAGUUCCAGCACACAUGAAUGCUGGUUUGGCAGAAUCCGUGUAUCAUUCGUUCAUUCCUUUUCGACGGAGACCCGGAAGGGACAUGGAGGGGGAAAAAAAAGCCCUUUUGCAAGAUCUCGCAAAACUUUCCAUCACCAUUAAUAACUGCGCCCUGUCCGUUUAAAGUACAAAAAUAGAUGUUAUUUAUGGACUAAUAAGUAUGAAGUUAAAUAAUACAAUCAUGUCCUGUGAAGUGUGGGACAAUGCACACCAUGUAACUUUCAUAUUAGGUAUAUUCAUAUUGAUUCAUAUUCAUGUUUUUUAUUCGUAUUUCGACUUGCGGUAGCCUGUCGGCUUCUGGCUAGCUACCUGAGGCUAAUGCUGUGUGCACAGAAAAUAUGAUGGGGUAAAAAAGUCAUUUUUCUCUCAAUGAUAAAUAUAAACUCAUCAAAGCUUGUGAUGAACUAACAAAAACAAGCAGUGAAACUACAAUAAACUAUAUUUUAUGUGCAGAACAAUAUAGUAUAUUUCAAUUACGCACAGUUCAAUUUCAUUUGUACAAUACUGUAAUUUGAGAAGCGUUUCAAGCCGCUAUAGGCUACUGUAUUCUAAGUCAAUAAAAUUCAGUAAAUAGCGACUCUGUCCGCUUUACCUUAUAUUCAUGUAAUAAAUAUACAAACGUCAAUUAGCUGGUAAUCUGCCUUAGACAAAGAAAACGAGUUUAAUGAUCACCCACAUAUACCCAGCUAACAUUGGUCCGACGGCAACGUCGUGUCCCUGGCAAAAAAUGGUCGGGGUAGGACGGCAUAAAUCCGUAAAAAUAUUUAACAUAGAACUCUUCCUAAAAAUGCAUUCAGAUAAGUUUGUACAUAUCUACAGUUCUCUGGGGUUGCAUAUAUAAUUGUUACUUUAAGUUUUAGCUCCGUGUUGUUCAAUUCAUACACUGUUGUGAGAGGACGUCCACAAUGUGACGUCCUUUACACAUGCAUUUAUAGUCCAUCCAUGACCCUAUAUGAAUAAAAUAUGCCAAAGCAAUUGUGCUUACCCUUGAUUAUUACUGUAAUAAUUUCUUUAAGUGCCCCAAGUAGUUUGAAGAGGUUGUGAAUAGACUACCACGUCUAGUCAAGCAUUACUCAUUUAAAUAAAUAAAUAAAUAAAUAAACAGGAAAUCGUAAUGAAAUACACGUAAUUUGUAUUCACGUCUUGUUUAAUGAAUAUUCACAAAGUGCCCUGUGUGGUUAAGCGAUUGCAAAGCCACUGAAUUUUAGUCAUAAUUCUACCCGUUUUCCGUAAAUUGCAGUACGAUUUUAUUAUUUUGUGCAUAUACAUAUAUCUCCGGUCACCAUUUGAAGUCUGAGUUGGGUGUAGAUUGCCAAAACUGUGCUGCCAAGAUGUAACAAAUCUCGCGAUAGGAUAGAUCAUCUCGCGAUAGGAAAGUUCAUCUCACGAUAGGAAAGAUCAUCUCGCGUUAGGAAAGAUUAUCUCGCGAGAAAGCCUUAUCGUUCCAUAACCACGAGGAAAGCGAGUUGGUGUUGUAAACCCAGCAAACAUUGGUCCGACGGCGACGUUGUGUCCCCGGCCAAAAACAGUCGAGGUAAGACGGCAUAAAUCGGUAAAAAUAUGUGACACAGAACAUUGCCUAAAAAUGCAUUCAGAUACUGUACAUUUGUACAUGUCUACAGUUGUCUGUGGUUGCAUGUAUAGCUGUCACUUUGAGUUUUAGCUAAGUGCAUUUAAAUAGUGAGUGCAUGUGUGAGCGAAGGUCCACUAGGCCAGGGUUUC